AUGAGCUCAUCCUCUUUCAGCAGCAGCAGCAGCAAUAACAAGAACAAAAACCAGUAUCGGCCUCAUUCCAACACUGUGUCGACUGGGUGUCCUCCUCCUCCUCCUCCUAUUCACACCAGCAAUUUGCCUCGUCGUAACUCUGAAGGAUCCCCAAGACGAUUACCACUUGUGCCUAUACAACAACAACAACAACCUGACGUUGCUAUUGAAUCACCCAAGACACUCUCUCUUGAACGUCAUUUCCCUGACAAGUCCAUGACCACCAUUGAGACGAAUGCUUCCGAGCAAGAAAACACUGAACCCAUCCCGGCAUCAUCACCUGCACCACCCAUAGCUGUUCCAGAAACACCUGUGGCUCGUCUAUUGGGAAACCGUGCCAAUAGGUCAAGGUCGCGUGCUUCCAGCAUGUCGUUGCAGCAACAACAAGAUACUACUACAGCAGCUACAGCUCCCACUGUCAACAAUAACGGCACAUCGUCUUAUGACUCGGACGAUGUUUCUUCUUCUCAAGAUGAAGCCAUGGGUACUGGAUUAUCACAGCCUGCUCCAGGCAGUAUUGCAGCUGCAUGUCAUCUCGAAGUAGCCAACGAGAAGAGGAAUCAAGAGUUUCAUCAAUUGUUUCGAAGUGUGCCCGAGAAUGAUCCUUUAAUCGAAGAUUUUGGAUGUGCACUACAAAAGGAGAUUCUACUUCAAGGCCGCAUCUACAUAUCCGAGAACCAUUUGUGUUUCAAUGCAAAUAUCUUUGGAUGGGUCACCAACUUGGUCAUUGCUUUUUCGGAUAUUGUUGACAUUGAGAAGCGCACAACGGCUUUAUUCAUCCCCAACGCUAUCCAAGUAUCCACAUUACAAGCAAAGCACUUUUUCGCAUCGUUUCUCUCAAGAGAUCAGGCUUACGACCUUCUUUUGGAUGUAUGGCGACAAUCACGACCACAACCUGAUGCAUCAAAAAGUUCGGAUGAGGACGAAGAGAAACAGAGUAGCGACCAAGAGAAUGAUGACGAGAGCAUGGAUGAAAGCGAUACAUCUUCAGGAGUUUAUACAUACGUGGAUGUGGAGGAGGAUGGCGUAUCAGCAUCAUCGAAUCAAGAUCAUCCCAUGGAUGACGCUCAAGUAACAGACAAUGCCGUACAACAACCCACCACCGCCACUGCGGAUGAUCCUGUUGCAACUACUGCCAAAGACAAUGUACCUGCCGAUCAUACUCCUCACCCAAAGACCCAAUGUGCAUGCGAUGAACAUUAUACCAAAACAGUAUUGGAGACAACAUUCCCUUGUACCUUGCAGACCUUGUACAGCAUGCUCUAUGAAGGAUCAUUUAUGAAAUCAUUCUUGCAGGAUCAAAAGAACACUGACGUUAAUAUGGGCGAAUGGCAACCUGGACAAGGAUCCAUCGAAUCUGUAAGAGAUGUUUCAUAUACCAAACCAUUGAAUGGAGCCAUAGGGCCUAAAUCAACCAAGUGCUUGCUAAAGGAGGAGAUAUACCAUAAGGAUCUUGAUGAUUUUGUCACUGAAGUCACCACAACACAAACGCCCGAUGUUCCUUCUGGAGGGUCCUUUUCAAUCAAAACCAAGACCUGUCUCAUGUGGGGUGAUAACGAUCAAACACGUAUGCUGGUCACCGUGCUGGUCGACUUUACAAAGAGCUCCUGGAUCAAAUCUACCAUUGAGAGUGCAUCAAUAAGUGGACAAGAGGAAUUUUACAAGGCUCUCAGUGAAGCGAUCAAUCAAAAGUUGUCCGAAUCGCAUCCCAAGAAAGGUCAGGGCAAAAAGAAGAAAAGAGUCAAGAGGAAAAAGGUCAAAAAGAGAAGAGCCAAUGAUGACAUGGACAAAGAGAACGAGACAUUGUGGGCUAAGAUUGCAUCAUCACUCUCUGGUGUAUUCAAGCUGGCAACAAACACUCAACUACCCACUCCCAGCACAUCGCUGAUAUCUGUACUAUGCAUGGUGUUGCUCGUUAUCCUGAAUGCAUACAUGGCGAGGAAAAUGUCUUUGGUUGACGAUCGAUUGGAGUCACUUUAUGAUGAGAUGCAAAAGUCCAUUGGAUCACAACAAGCAUCAUCCACCGCUCGAUAUGACAAGAUGAAAGGAUCAUCAUCACGUGAGGGUGUUAGCAGCUGGAAAAAGGAGGAGGAUGAUUUAUGGUCAUGGCUCGGUACCAUCGACACUGAAAAGGAUCCUCGAAUGAACCUCAUGGAAGAGCCGAGCAUGAAGCAGGAUCAAGAGGAUGUAUCAGAUGACUAUCUUCAGGACACUUUUCUCGCCAAAGAAAAAUUGGACCAACACAUGGCUGAUAUUGAAGAUAUGAUCCACCGUGCAGGGAGCAGGAUAGGCAAUGUGAAUCAUGUUGUGGAAUUCCAGAGACAAAGGAUUUUACAGGAUUGGUCAAAGGCCUCUUCAUGA